AGAUAACCGCGAUUACACGCACGCGCUUAGUCCUGUGUUUUGCUGGUGGUUUUAAUAAACAAAAUAACUUGAGGCUGCUGCAGGACACAAUAGUUAUUGUUGAAGAUGAAUGUUGGAGUAGCUCACAGUGAUACCAACCCAACUCAUUCCUAUUUAAAUAGUAAAGGAAUAUGGUUGACGUAUCUGUUGAUUAUUUUUAUUGGUCAUUUACUGGUACUGAGUAUACCAUAUUUCAGUGUUGCCCUUGCCUGGACAUUAACAAAUGUUUUACAUGACCUUGCAAUGUUUGUGAUGUUACAUGUAACUAAAGGAACCCCUUGGGUCACAUCUGACCAAGGCGACGCCAGAACACAGACGCAGUGGGAACAGAUUGAUUAUGGUCAACAAUUUACUGCUACUAAAAAAUUUCUAACUUGUGUACCUGUUGCAUUAUUUAUGUUGGCAAGUUUUUACACAAAGUAUGAUUCCUAUCAUUUUAUUAUCAAUAUUUCAUUUUUGUGUUUGAGUCUAAUUCCCAAAAUGCCUCAACUACAUGGGGUUAGACUUUUUGGAAUAAAUAAAUAUUGAGCGACAGAAGAAAGGACUUACUGAAUGGAUGAAUAAAAUGUAUUCAAAGAAUAGCAUCAGUGGAUUUGAUUUGAUUCUUUGGAGGAGAAAAAGAAAUUUAGUAAUUGUUGCUGUAAAUUGUGGAUGUAUUUAUUUAAGGAAAACUUGUAAAAUAAUUGGAUGAUAAAAUGUAAAUAAUGUACAUGUAUUUCCUCUGUAACCCAGGUAACCAUUUUGGUCUUGUCCUAAAACCACUAGGACAUUCCACUACCAUCUUAAUUGUCAAGGGUAGACAUGUCUGUUGUAUUACUAAAUGAUCAAGACUACAUUAUUCUGUGAGUUUUAAAGAUACAGCUAUGUUUUGUAUCGUAUACUUUCACUGUGCCAGAUCAAACUUGUUGAGUGAUCUAUAAUAUUGAAUUAUUUUUUUUUUGCUGGGAAUCGGUUAAAUAGAUUAUGAUAUAUACGAUGAAUGAUAUGUUAAUCCCAAAAUGACGGAACUAUUGUGUCUUCAACUCCAUUCUAUCCUUUAUUUAGUAAUACAACAAUUCUUGUACCAUCCCUACCAGGGAUAGACAACGUAAUAGUGGAUGCAGGUACAGGACAAGAUAAUAUCUAAAUCUGACACUUCACUACUCCUUUGUUUCUUAUUUCUUGAGGGAUGGGCAAUCAAAUUAAAACACAAAUCGUUUCUUUCUAUAGUUCAAAUUUCAUUUUAUUACUCUUCACAAUACCAAGAUCUGAAGAAUUUAUUAAUACCUGUGUUCUCUUUUGAUACCCUAUAUGACUCCUGAUACAAUGUCCACAAACUAUAUGUAGUUGACACAAUUUCUCUUACAGCUGUAUGUGGAGGUUGGGUGGACGAACACAUGCACUUUAGAUCAUACGGUCUGUAACUGAGGCAAGUUGUGUGGUUUCGAUUCACAGCUUGUAAGUAACAAGGAGUAGUCUCAUCUGUCCAACCUCAUGAAUUUUCUCUGGGUUCUCUGAUUUCCUCCCACUUGCCAAAGUAGUAGUGAAAUGUCAGGCAUAUUUUGAAAAAAUCAAUGAUUGUUGAAAUUAGGAUUACCUUGUUGUGUAUAUAAGAGAUGCUUACAUGAAUUUACUGCCAUUAAUAGUAUGUGUUUUUUUUAUGAUAUAUAUAACCAUCAAAAAUUAAAUUUCCUUAUAUUGGUGAGAAAUUUAUGUCAAUUCUAGUAAUAAAGAUUUGUGCUUGUUUCUACCUAUCCUGAAAUAUUUUUUACAUGUUUCUCUAGUGUUUAUUACAGUCCAAUUACAGUGCUAUAAGUAAUGGGAUAGGCUGGUAUUUUGCCUGUUUUCCAAACCUUUUAAUCAAACAAUGUAUAUUGUAGCGUGUGUAACACAUGACAAAAUUAUAUGAAAUACAAAUUACUUGGAAGUUUAUUUCUGGCGACGUUUCAACGAUGGUUCUCUCGUCUUUAUCUUUGCUUGAUAAAUAACAAGAGAUCCCUCAUCGAACCAUCGCCAUAAAUAAACUUUUAAGUAACUUGUAUUCCAUAUAAUUAUGUAAUAUGUUAUUCUAAUUCAGUUACUAAAUGCUGCUUGCACCUGUGGUAUUUGCAGAAUUUCUGUUACAUUAGAUAAUGAAAUUGCCUUGAAUAUAAAUUUACCAUUCACUAAAAGACAGAUGAUUAUUUUCCAACAGGACAUUAUGUAUUUUAGCAAGUGAAUUAUUGUUUAUAAUGGCAGAGGUCAACAAUUCAACGGGAUUUGGUUGUGUGACUUGGGAAAUUGUAGAUACAUGUAUAUUUAAAUAUAUUGUUAUCUAGUUUCACCCUUUAAAAAACAACAAGCACUUAUAAUUUUAUGUCAUAUAUUAUUUGUUAAAUGCAGGAAUAUCCCAUUUGUGACAUUCACUCUACAAUCUGGUAUUGAUUAAUAAAAUUUGUUGUGGUUUUGCUGUCAUGGGUGACAUGUACUGGUAUUUUAUGAUUAUUAUCAGCACUGGAGAUGGGUCAUUAACUUUGAAUAAAACAUCAUUAUUUAUGUGGGUAUUUUGAUGUUGAAACUGUGAAUGUUUUAUUGGUCCUCUUUCUGUUGUUAUAUCUUAACAUAUUCCAAAACCUUAAAACUUUUAUUGAUAAGGAGAGCUACAAGAUUGUUUGUUUUAUAUUAGUUAAAUCGUGAAUGUUUGAAAUACCAAGUUACCAUAUACUAAAUUACCUUGUUUGAUCUUGGUUUUCUCCAUUAAAUACAAAAAUGUAUAGAAAAUGUAUUUUUCAGACAUACAAAUGAUUCUGAAGAGGACAAAUAUACCAUCAAUUAGUCUAUCCUGAACCUUUCUCCCUUAAAAGUCAUUCUUAAUGUAUAUUUAGAUAUUUAGUAAAAAAAAAUUAUCUUUUGUCUCAAAGAUAUUCUGAUCUGGGCUGAUUUCCUACUGUUUCCAGGUUUAAAAUAGGUGCCAGUAACUUGGAAUCGGGUGUCAAUAGUUUGGACAAGAUAUUGGCAUUAUGUCAUGAAUUGACAUGUUAGUUUUUCCAAUGACAAGAUGAUUCCUUCUCUUAGUUCUAGAAAAUCAUCCUUGAGGAAUAUUCUAUAACAUACUCAAGGGGUAAAAUUUAUUUUCCAGGGAUAAAAAGAUUACACCUUUAGCUAUUGAUCAUUGUUUACAAUAUGUACCACUUAUUUGUAAAACUCAUUUUCAUAAAUGGUUAGAAUUUUUGUUUUUAAAGAAUCUUAUUUACCCCCAAAAUAAAUUUUUGGUGUUUUUGUUUUUCACAAUUCAGUUUAUUGUACCUUUUUUCCAUUCCAAAGCACAGUAUUUUUUUCGUGUAUGGUAUAAAUGUUUAUAAACUAUAUUUUGUUAUAAAGCAUGAAUUUUUAUACUUCAGGAUGCAUUAUGUAAAAUUUACUUUACUUUAUUCGGAGUGAAUAAAGAUAGUCUUGAUUGUCAAGUACCAUUGCUACGAUAAUACACAGUCUAUAUUAUCUAUUUUCUUAAAUUUUUAAAUGGCUAGGCUGCUCUAAUCCAUUGAAAAUCUGAGUCAUCCGAUAACCUAGAGAGUUGAUUAUGGGCUUGUGAUGUUAACAAAUGUCUAAAUAACAAUUUAUAUAAUAUUUGGAGUAGGUAUAUUUAGCUCUUACAUAAUGCAUCGUUAAAUUUCACACACAAAAUAAUCGCCCUGUAUGAUCUCUUCAAUUAAAUGUUAAUAUUGGGUGAUUCGUACAGUUCUACACCCAGGAGUUCUUGCUAUCUCUGUUACUCUACGUUCAUCAAUAAAGUUCUUGGUGGAGUGAAGGGCUGAGAAACUCAAUAAGAAUGUCUAUUUUUGGAUUCAAAGCUUUUGUAUUUAUACGAUAGUGUUUCAACACAGUUUUCGACUCAUGUCAUCAGGAAUUAUGAUACAUGUUUGACCAAGCCUUUGAAAGCGGUGGAAUGGAGCAUUUUUAAAGAUCCCAGGAAAUUCUUGGGUCCGGUUUAGAGACCAGUGUACCCUUUGCACCCCCUGCACCCCCAUUUCAUAGGCCUUUACUGCUACUUUAGCUACUAAAUAAAUUUGGCACUGAAAAAGACUAAGUAAUAAGACCUAAGGAGAGGAGAGGGGGUGCAAUCGGUACAUUGCUCCAGGGCCCAUAAAGCCCUAGCACAUCAAAAUUCUCUCAGCGGCAGCCCUGCUAAAUAAUUAAUAUAGAAGUUUUCAAAUCCAUAAGUUUGUAUUACCAGAUAUAUAUAUGCCUGAAGAGUUUUAAAAAAAAACCAAAAAAAAACCUGUUGAUCCCACAAAAUGUAAAGUUUUAUGUUCAUCAUGUACAUGUAUUCAAAUUAUCAUCACUUGGUGUAUGUUAGACAUGUUAAAGAUGCAGUAUGUAAAAAUUUAGAUAGAGCCAACAAUUCUCGCUAUAAUAGUUCAAAAACAGAUAGUGAGAAAUGAAUAUAUUGAAAAUUUUGGCCAAAUUACUUUAUUCUGAGCAAAGUUAUGAGUGGUUGAAAUUUUAAGAUAUUCUCGAUUGUGUCAAGUACCAUUGCUAAGAUGUUAAACAAAUUCUCGUCUAUCCAUUUUAUCAUUAAUUAAAUUUUAAAUGGCUAGAGGAUUGGUUCUAAUCCAUUAAAUAUCUUAGCCAUCCAAUGAUCAAGAGAGUUGAUUACGGGCUUGUAAGGUGAAUAAAUGUCAAAUUAUUAUAACAUUUGAAGCAAGAAAAAAGAUUUUUAAUUGGAAGAUUUAGUUCUUACAUAAUGCAUCUUUAAAUAUUAUUAUUCCAUUCCUUUUUAACAUUUAAACAUUUUGUUUGUGAUACAAAACUAUUAAAAUUCUUGGGCCGGUUGUUCAAAACUCAGUUAUUUUAGUGAUUCGUUAAACUGUAACAGAUUAUCUUGCUAAUGUGUCAGUUGUUAACUGGCCAUUAAAUUUCUGUUGCUGGAAAGUCAAUUUCAUUAUCUGUUAGCUAAUGCACAGAUGUUAAUAUGAUAAGACUGUUUGAUCAUUGGCUGAAUUUUAAAUUCAGUAUACGUGUAUAGUCACUUCAUAGAAGUUAUGAUUAACAAGAAAAUGAAGGAAGUGGGUUAACUGUGCAGUCUGUUCACAAAACUUGAUUAAAGACAAAAAGAUAACUGUUAUAUAUCCUACAGAAAACAACAGAAUUUCUCUCUGUUGAAACUCCAUGUUAACGAAUAGUUAUACGUUAACAGAGCUUUGAACAACCGGACCCUGUGAUUAAGUUGUUAUUGUAACAUUGCAAGUUAUAUUUGUUGGAUAAUGGUUAUUAUUUAGUGGAUAACAAUGGUUAUUUGCUUUGUGUAUGUAAAUCACCCUGGUAUAUAAUAAUGUAUAUAUAAAUAAAUAAAACAUUUUGACCAAAAAAAACCCCA